GUGCGGGACUUAGUAGUCCGACAUCACCAACCGGGCUUAGUGUACAUACAUGGUACUUAGGUUUUCGAGUACCACCCCUAUUUCUGCGUGAGUUCGUCGUACCAAAUGGGCGAAUCUCAUAGCUCAAGGCUCGUCCUUGCGACUUAGAAUCAUACAGCAUGAAGUCAUCAUCAAGUAAAAUCAUCAUGACUAUGUGUGACAUCAAUUACGCAUCAUGUUAUCAUCAUCAAGUACAUUGAUUACAUAGGUGUCAUGCACUGGAACCAUGCCCCUGCAAGCUCCGAUGGCGGUGUCACCCUUCCAGACGCCGAUGCCGCAGCCUUCACCUUUUCAGCCGCAGCUGGUCAGCACCGUAGCCCCUGUCAACUUGACAGGCGCGCUUAACGUUGCAGGGCCGUCGCGUCCCCCGCAAGGUACGAAUCCGCAGAUCACUCCUGAUGGUCACUGCGUCUCAGUUGAAAGCGGAGACGGCGAGUGGGACAUUCCAAGGGCCCACAAGAAGAAGAAGGGAAAAACUAUCCGCCCAGCAACUUCCCGAAACUCCGCCUUCGAAAGGCUGGGGGACAGGGAAGAGGGCCGGAGAAAGUCAGCCAAGCUAAGGCUGGGGCAAAGCAUUGCUCACGUCAGCGCGUUCGCCCGGUUAGGCGAGGGGAGGGAGGCCGAGCCUGCCCGUACCCUGUGCUCCCGGUCUAACCGGCAGGAGCCAGCCAGGACGAGGGCCUCUCGUCAGGAAGAGGAAGCGGAAAGCCAGCCUAGGGUACCGGUGGCUAACCGGUUAACCGUCCCGAAUGACCGCAUCCAACUGAUGGAGGCAAAGUUGGAAAGGCUGGAAAAGAAGGUUGGGGAAAACAGUGACCGGGACAAACCCCAUGCUGGGUCCCCGUUCACCACACGGGUACAUCUGACACCUUUCCCGCGAAAGGUCAAGAUCGACGCCCCUAGGUUCACCGGGAAGGAGGAUCCAGAAAUCCACUUGGAUUCUUUCAAUAAGAGUGCAACCAUGAACGGUUGCACAGACGAAGAAAAGUGUCUGCUUUUCUUCCAAACCCUGCGGAAUCGGGCUACUGAAUGGUUCAACAAACUUCGCCCGGGAACCGGGCAGAGGGAAUCUGAGAACCUCACUCAAUUCCUUACCCGGUGGAAGGAAGAGGUAGACAAAGUGGAGAAGAUGGACAACAAGACAGUGUUGUCCCUCCUCUUGAAUGGUUUACGUGCCGGGGAAUUAUACAAGGAAUUCUGCCGGAAACCCCCAGCAACGUAUCAAGAGGCCUAUCACACUGCAUGGGAGUUUGCUGAGGCUGAAACCCAACUCCGGGGGAAGAAGGAAGCCGAGCAUGGCUUAAAGCCCAAACCGGUGCAAGUCAAGAAGGAAGAAGCACCGGUUCCCAGCCGGCCAAGGCACCACUAUGACCCGGUAGUCCGUGGUCAAUACAGAAGAGUGCCAGGAGGCGGAGAUUCAGCCGCCCAGCGGAAGAACUGGGUCCGCAGCAUUUACGUCGGUGAGGUAAGUGCUGAACCACCCAGGCGUAAGCAUACCAGGAGGGAGCCGAUCGUCUUCACUGACCGGGACCUCCCUCCUACCAGUGAAGAUCACAAUGAUCCAUUGGUCAUCACCAUGGACAUUAAUGGGGUGGAUGUCGCCCGGGUACUUGUUGACACUGGCAGCAGUGUCAACAUCUUAUACCUAGAGACUUUCCAAAAAUUCAGGUCGUGUCGGACACAACUUGAACCCCUCAAAACCCCUCUCUCAGGCUUCACGGGAGACACCGUUGAAGCUGAAGGAUCCAUAGUCCUACCGGUCGAACUAGGAUCGGGCGAAAAGGCCGUGUGGAAGAGAAUGCGGUUCAUAGUUGUGGACAUCAAAUGCGUCCACAACGCGAUCCUUGGAAGGCCGGGCAUCAACAAGGUUGGGGCGGUGAUUUCCAUGCCUCACCUGUGCAUUAAAUUCCCCACUCCGGGCGGUGUGCGAGAAGUGAGGGGCGACCAGAGAAACGCCCGGGAGUGCUAUGCCCCGGCAGUGAAGAAGACGACCAAGGGGGUCAACGUCAUCUCCCAGGAAAUCACCAAGGGAGAGACCCGGGAGAAAUUGGAGCCUGAAGCGGAAAAGGUGGAGAUUGAACUUCACCCGGGUGAUUCAUCAAGGAUGGUCAGAAUUGGGGCAAACCUCCCCGAAGAUCUCAAGGCAGAGAUUACAUGGGUGCUCCAAGAAUACACGGGCAUAUUUGCAUGGAGAGUGGCAGAUAUGCCCGGAAUUGACUGCUCAAUCAUCUGUCACCGGCUGGCAGUGAGGGAUGGAAGUCGACCGGUACGCCAGAAGAAAAGGUACCUGGCCAGUGACCGGCGAGACUUCGUCAAGAAGGAGGUGAAGGACCUCUUCAGUGUCGGUCACAUCCGGGAGGUGAAGUACCCGGAUUGGCUGGCCAAUGUUGUCCUUGCUCCCAAGGGCGACACGUGGAGAAUGUGUGUGGAUUACACGGACUUAAACAAGGCUUGUCCGAUGGGUUCAUACCCCCUCCCCGGUCCUGAUCAAAUGGUGGACGAAACUGCGGGGUGCGAACUCCUAAGUUUCAUGGAAGCCUUCAAGGGAUACCACCAAAUCUACAUGGCCAAGGAAGAUGGCGUUUGGCUUGAAGAACUCUGGGGCCACUUACCCGCGCAUGAUGCACCAAUCGACAAGCCUACCGAGCACUGGUGGGAGAUGGCAGUAGAUGGGGCAUCCGGUCCUAAAGGGUACGGGGGUGGUAUAGUGUUUACCACCCCAGAAGGGUUCAAGAUCUACCAUGCAAUCGUCUUCAACUUCAAGCUGACGAAUAAUGAAGCAGAAUAUGAAGCUCUAGCUGGAGGGCUCAGACUUGCCCAGGCCCUGAAAAUCAGCCGGUACAAAGACUUGGUACUUGCCUUGCUGAAAGGCUUCGAGGAAGUCAAGAUCGCCCAGAUUCCCAGGGCGGAAAAUGCAGAUGCAGACAUUCUCUCCAAAUUGACGCAGUACGCUCCCGAGCAUGUUUCAAAACUUGCCCGGGUGGAAAUCCUAGACCAUGCCAGCAUCGAAAAAUUGGAAGUAGCCGCCAUAACAAAAGCAGACCAACCUGACCGGUCAAACUUGGUCGGGGUGGACGACCACAGGAUGUAUGAUCUGAUGGAAUACCUGAUGGACGGAACCUUGCCGGAACAAGAUGAUCGGGCAAGAAAAGUGAAGCUCAGGGCACCCCGGUUCCAAGUCCUUGACGGAAAGCUGUACAAGACGGCGUUCGGGGGACCCCUCCUGAGGUGCCUAACCAACCGGGAGGCUGAGCGAGUCAUAGCAGAAGUCCAUGAAGGAAACAAGUGGCUGGAAGAGCUCCCGCACAUCAUAUGGGCGUUCCGAGUAACACCCAGGAGGGCUCAUGGGGAAACUCCAUUCUCCCUAACCUAUGGGUGUGAAGCAAGGAUGCCCAUCGAAGCCGAAUUCCCAACGUUCCGGGAAUCAAAUUAUCAGCCCCAGCAAAAUGAAGAGGACCAUUUGGCCGAGCUCAACUUGGUCGAAGAGCGAAGAAUGACCGGAGAGGUAAAAAUGAGUACAUACCAACAAGUGGUGAAGAAGUACCAUGACAACAAGGUUGGGCCGCGUUACUUCCAAGUCGGUGAUGAAGUCCUACGAAGAAGGGAGGCUAGUAGACCGGGAGACGGAGGAAAGCUGGCCAAGAACUGGGAAGGACCUUACCGGGUGAGAGCUAUCAUUCGCCCGGGAACCUACCGGUUAGAAACUCUAGAUGGUGUACCGGUAGAAAGAACUUGGAACUCCCAUCAUCUUCGCAAAUUCUACAAGUGAUUAUAAUACUAGACAAGGCCUAUUUCUAUUAUCAAUCAAACUGAGGAAGUUUA